AUGUACGGAGGGCGAAAUGGUACGAACGAGUCGUGGAGUUUACAGUUUCCAGCAACGGAGCCUCCAGUUAUCAGUUCGUCUAAAGCUACAGCACCGGUAAGCUUUGGUGGACCGCUUACCAUGAUCAUUUUCGGAGGUGAAGCAGUGGAAGCAACUGCUUACUUUCUAGAAGCAGACGAGGAAAUCGAACAGAAUACUUAUUUAGCGCACUGGAAGGUGCAAAAAGUAGUAAUGAUAAAAAUUCCUCAUAUCAUCGCAUGUGAAAUGGUGUGA